AUGAAUCUCCUGUUGCUGUUAUUGUUGGCUCUUGUUGCCUUGGGUACAGGAAUCACUGUUCCUGAAAAAGUGGUGGAUACCAAUGAUGUGGCUCAACAGGUAGCCAACGAUAAUCAACCACAACUCGAGUCUCAGGAUAACGAUGGUGAUAAAAAGGUGGCAAAAAGAAGUUACGGUUGGAAUCCGUGGAUUUAUUCAGGGUAUAGUUACGGUUGGCCCUGGUAUGGUAUUGGUUCAGGACAUGGAUGGUACCCAGGUGGAUGGUACACUGGUUGGCCGGCAAUUUAUGGCCACGGUUAUGGUGGAUACUUUGGAUACCGCGGUUACGGUGGUUGGUACAAAGGAUGGUAAA